UGGGCGAAUGUAGCUGAAAGCCAGCACCGCUGCCACUCCUCCUGUAGGAAGGGCGCAGCCCGCAGAGAGCUAGCUGCCUAGCUGUACUCGGCAAAAACGAUGGCUGUUAACCUCAGUAAAAAUGGCCCUGCGUUAACAGCUGCCUAUAAAGAAGUAGUGGAUGAAAAAUCCGACACGAACUGGGCCUUGUUCACGUACGAGGGAAACAGCAAUGACAUUCGCCUGGUAGAAAAAGGAGAUGGAGGCCUGGAGGAGCUAGUUGAGGAGCUCAACAGUGGAAAAGUGAUGUACGCUUUCUGCCGGGUCCAGGAUCCCAAUUCCGGUCUGCCUAAAUAUGUCCUCAUCAACUGGACUGGAGAGGGUGUAAAAGAUGCCAGGAAGGGAAUAUGUGCAAACCACGUCAGCUCUGUGGCCAAUUUCCUUAAGGGGGCCCAUGUCACCAUCAAUGCCAGAGCAGAUGAGGAUGUGGAGCCUGAGGCGAUCAUGCAGAAGGUGGCCAAAGCUUCAGGAGCCAACUACAGCUUCCACAAAGAAGCCUCCAACCGCUUCCAGGACAGCGGCCCUCAGGGGCCCGUGGGUUCAGUGUACCAGAAAACCAAUGCCAUGUCAGAAAUAAGGAAGACCAAUAAAGACAACUUCUGGGCACAGGCAGAGAAAGAAGAGGAGAAACGUCGCCAGGAGGACCGUCGUAAGGCUGAGGAGGAGCGUCAAAAGCUGGAGAGGGAGAGGAAAGACCGAGAGACCAAAGAGGCAGUGCAGAGGGAUAAAAGGGACAAGGAGAGAUCUUCUCAAAUCGAUCAACAAAAGAAGUAUCAGCAGCAGCUGGAAGCCGAGAGCAAAGAGCAGGAAAAGCAAUGCUGGGAGGAGGAGCAGCAGCAGCAGAACGAUGCAGCUCAAAGGAAAGCAGUCAGGAGAGGUGACUCUGUGGAGAAAGCCAACGAGGCGGCUUCUCUGAUCUCUCAGCGUGCCGUAAACCCCAGGGAAAUGUUCAAGCAGCGGGAGCGAGGAAUGACUCCCAGCGACUCAGACGCUCCCUCUGCUGCCCCUGACAGCCCUCAGCCAGGGCGACUUCGAAGCCCUUUUCUGUCUAAGCAAGCGUACGAAUCUGAGCGAGCCAGCUCACCUCCGCGCCAACCUUCUCCUUCUCCUGUGCCAGCUGCUGUUGUCCGUGCCACAGAGCCGGAUUUGAAUGAUGAGCAAGCCACAUUUGAGAAAGAUGAGCAUGAGCAGGAGACUCCUCCCCAGGAACAGAGGAAAGAGGAGGCACCAGCUGCUAACUCGUAUGUUGAAGAAACACCUUAUGAAGAGCCUGCCCAGGUGGAUGAGAGUAACUCUUAUGAAAUGACUGUAGAGGAAACGUCAGACAAAGGAAUCUGUGCCAGAGCAUUAUAUGAUUAUCAGGCUGCCGACGACACCGAGAUCUCGUUCGACCCGGACGAAAUCAUCACCGGCAUCGAAAUGAUCGACGAGGGCUGGUGGCGGGGAUACGGUCCGGACGGCCACUUCGGGAUGUUCCCGGCCAAUUACGUGGAGCUCAUGUAGCCCGGCGGAUCGUCGGCGUCGGUCUCUUCUGAGGACUUUUGCAGUUUAAAAAGGACAAAACAAAACAACAACAAAAAAAAACACGUCAUACGGUAAAGUCAGUCCUCACGCUCUAGAUCAGGCUGAAAACGAACAAAGCGAGUUUCCGCAUCCCCGGACCAAUGAGCAUGGUAACUGUGGGCCAGUUUUUUUUUUUUUGUUUGCUUUUUUUUAUCUUAGAGCGCAGUUCCAUUUAAAUUGGUGAUACUGUAAGCAGCUGAUGGCGUAGUUUAUGGAUUUGUGAAGACCCAUAGACCCAACCCGAAGCCUCCUCGUCCCUUCUCUGCCCCCUGAGAAAAGAAGUGUAUUUAUUUAUCAGUGUGAUGCAGUACAUGAGUCUUAGUUUUAGCUGUGAGCAUCAGCAACACCACUUCCAGUUCACAUUCCUUAAAAAGUGGCUUCGUUUUGAUUUCAGGUAUAUUUGAAGUAUUUGUAGCAAAUGUUCCUUCCCAUUUCAGGAGAAAAGAUGACGGUACCACAAACGGCCUAAUUAUUUUCGCUUUGUGUUUUGCCUUCUUAUACCGGCAGACUGAAUUAUAUCCUUGUCUUUUUUCUCUUUUUUUUACGUGAUUGAACCUCUAUCCUGUGUUUUUUGGGGGGUUAAUUGUUAUUCUAACAGUGGUGGAAGUGAAUAUUUAAACCAACAGGUGAUUCUUGCUGUGCUUUGGGUUGUUUUCAUUUGGGGCUGUGCAUAACACGGUCAAGUUCCUGACUUUAAACUGUGAGUAAACGGCAGUUUUCAUUUCAAGUCCUUCCUCAUUUUUGGCCACAUUAAUUUCAGCAUGUGUGAUUUUUCAGGGAAAAGCUGGAGAAGAACAUAAAAGUCAGCGUUUAUUUUUGUUUUAAUGGAUCCUCAAUGGGCUGAAGAUGAAUUUGAGUGCACAACAGAUAGUAGUGUGCCAUAAUAAAGGGUUGAAAGUGCAAUGGUUGGCGUCCUUUUAAUCAUUUCAUCGGGCUUUACAGCAGACUUUAUGCAAAUUCAUUUUGUUAUUAAUCAUGCAAAAAAAAAAAUCAGUUGAUCAUACAUAGAAAAGGGCAUUGUGUUGAUGCUUUAUUCAUGUUUUUUUUUCCACUGUCUACUGUAAUGCAGAGAUUCUUAAUAAUAAAAGAAGUAACCAAA